AAACAGAAACUCAUCGAUCGAUAUCGCGAACAAGAAAGUCCGAGGCUGACGUGUGUUUGUAGUUUUCGAUCUUCUUAUUUUCAGUAGCUUCGCAGAUUCUUGAGUAGUCUUAUUAUCCAAAUCUUUCACCAUGCAGUCGUUGUGCCUAUAUGCUGUGGCAUUAGCCAUCGCAGCAACUCUGUUAGUCUCUGUGGAUGCCAAGCUGAAGGAGGGAGACUGCGAAGUAUGUAUCAAGUUUACGCAGAAAUUCUACGACGGUCUGACAUCUGAUGAGCGUAGUACCCCAGCCACCAUUGAGGCGAAAUUCAGGGAGGUCUGCGCCAAGGCCAAGAAGCGCGAGAACAGAUUCUGCUACUAUGUCGGAGGUACCGAAGAUGCUGCCACCGGAAUCCUAGGAGAGAUCUCCAAGCCGCUCAGCUUCGGCAAGCCCGUGGAGAAGAUCUGUGAAGGCCUGAAAAAGAAGGAUGCUCAGAUCUGCGACCUUAGAUAUGAGAAGCAAAUUGACUUGAAAACGGUCGACCUGAAGAAACUGCGCGUGCGUGACCUGAAGAAGAUCUUGAACGACUGGGAUGAGGACUGCCGUGGAUGUGCCGAGAAGAGUGACUUCAUUGCACGCAUUGAACAGCUCAAGUCUAAGCACACCGAACUAUAAAUCAACCUCCGCUGCUAAUAUUGAGGCCGCUCAUCUUUUUUGUUGUUGUCUGGGACGACAUUAUUCGUAUUAUAUCUUUCAGGGGAAUGCUUGACGCCACACUGGCUUCACUCUUCUUUUUUCCUUGUUGACGCCCUCCCCGACUGCCUGAAGCAUGAAACCAUAUCGCCAGUAGUUCUUAUUUAAGUUAAAAGAUCACAUCCAACUAUG